CACGACCACCAGCGAUCGCUCCCGCUGCACGACUAUUCCGGAGAUGGUCGAUAAGUCUGUGGUUGGCGAGGACAGGCCGAUCGUGCACGGGUGCGUCUAACCCUGUCGAGAGCUCGAGCAGGAGGGAGCUGGGAACGAGCGGACGACGUCUCAGGCGCGCGCGCCUCCCACCCCGCGUCCGUGUUGUCGACGUAGCCAAAGCCGGAGCAAAACACUAUUCAAAAUGAUGUUCAAGAGCCUCUCCGCCGUUGCCGUCAUCGCCGCCCCCGCCGGUGUCAACGCCCAGGAUGCGACCUCCAGCGCGCCCCCGACCUCCACCUCGGGCCUCCCCACCUGCAUCCUCACCUGCAUCGCAACGGCCGCGACUCAGGGCUGGCGCUCUGCUAUCGCCGACAUAAACUGCCUGUGCACGAACACCGCCGUCCAGCAGGCGUCCCUCUCGGAUCUCCUGCCUGCAGUCCACCUACUCAUCCGACAAGCUCGCCGCCGCCGUCGCCCUCCAUUCAUAGGAUCUAUAGUCUCCGGCGCGAGCUCAGUCUCGAGCGCCGCCUCGACCAACGCAUCGUCCGCCACCAGCGCCGCCACCAGCGCAGCGACGAGCAUCGCCUCCGGGGCCUCCUCCGCCGAGUCUUCCGCGACCUCCGCGCUCUCGAGCGUGAUCAGCUCGGUGGCGAGCACGGCGUCGUCCGCGGCGAGCAGUAUCUCGAGGCGCCUGAACAGCGCGAUGUCGACGUCGAUCCCCGUCACGAGCGGGGCGAGCAGUGCUGGGGCGAGCCAGACGAGCAAUGCGGCGAGUGCGAUGGGCCGGGGGAGUGUUGGUGGGAGCUACGAGGGGCUUGUGGGCACGGGCGUUGCGCUCGUGGGUGCUGUGAUUGGGGCUGGGCUCGUUUUGUGAGCGGGGUACCCUGGACCGAGUGUGUCGAGGAUAUCGAUGUCAGUCGUUCCGAGCCCGACGUGCAUCGAAACUACAGAGUCUCCGGCUUGCAUCGGUGCAAUGAGGACGGAUGUGCAGAAGGUUGUAGCGUAGUAGCCGGGUAUACAUUGGAUGGUGCAUGUACUGUGUUGUACAUUCCCACCUAUAUCUACAAGAAAAUGUCUGUCG